CUUGAUUAAUUUACUUUACGUGCUAUACAGACCAUGUUGUCCCUAGUGUUGAUCUCCUUCGCUAGCCCAUAAAAUUCAUACCUAUUUAUUCACGCUACCAAUAGUAUUUAGUACUCAACCUUUUCGUCUCUGUUUUUCUUUUUUUAUUGGAAUUAGACAAGAAUCAAACAGGAAUGAUUAUUGAUAAAACAUCCAUAUUACUUGCACGUGAAAUCCAAUAUAUCCCAAAAAUCCAAAUGUAUUAGCAGGACGGCUGGUACAUGCCGUGGGAAAAACCAAUGCAGUUUUGUCAGAUAUUACUUGACUUCUUCAUGUUGACUAUUCUUUGAGAAAUUUUAAGUCUUCUUUCUAUAUAGUUAUAAAAAAAUAAACUGGUUUAUCAUAAUUUUAAGAGAAACAAUAUUUUUGAUUCACAAUGGGAACUUCAGUUACUAUAGCUUCAUUUCUUCUGUUCAUUUUGUAUAUUCUUUGUGCUGAUGGUGUAAAUGGGUACCUAAAGUACAAUACUGGAGGUGGUAUUGUUGAAGGCAAAUUGAAUGUUCAUUUGGUUGCUCAUUCACAUGAUGAUGUUGGCUGGUUAAAGACCAUUGAUCAGUACUAUGUUGGAUCAAAUAAUAGCAUUCAGGGUGCCUGUGUUGAAAAUGUGCUGGACUCUGUUGUUAUGUCAUUACGACGUGACCCGAAUAGGAAGUUUGUCUUUGCUGAAAUGGCAUUUUUCCAUCGGUGGUGGAUAAGGCAAAGUCCAGACAUUCAAGGAGAAGUGAGAAAUCUUGUGGCUUCUGGUCAGCUGGAAUUCGUAAAUGGUGGUUGGUGUAUGCACGAUGAAGCGACUUGCCAUUACAUAGAUAUGAUUGAUCAGACAACACUAGGCCAUCAAUUGAUAAAGGAUGAAUUCAAUAUCACUCCUCGUGCAGGAUGGCAGAUCGAUCCAUUUGGACACUCUGCUGUGCAAGCUUAUCUUCUUGGGGCUGAGGUAGGAUUUGAUUCUGUUCAUUUUGCGCGAAUUGACUAUCAAGACAGAGCAAAACGUACGGAGGAUAAAGCUCUUGAGGUUAUAUGGCGUGGUUCAAGAACAUUUGGUUCUUCCUCCCAGAUAUUUACCAAUGCAUUUCCUGUAAAUUAUGGUCCACCAAAUGGUUUCCAUUUUGAAGUGAAUGAUGAUUUUGUUCCAGUCCAGGACGAUCCUCUUAUCUUUGACUUCAAUGUUGAUAUACGGGUUAAUGACUUUAUCAAUGCUGCAAUCACUCAAGCAAAUGUAACACGUACCAAUCACAUUAUGUGGACCAUGGGAAAUGACUUCAAAUACCAAUAUGCUGAAUCGUGGUUCAAAGAAAUGGAUAAAUUAAUUCACUAUGUCAACAAGGAUGGUCGAGUUAAUGCAUUGUACUCUACUCCGUCAAUUUAUGUAGAUGCAAAACAUGCAACAAAUGAAUCUUGGCCUCUAAAAACUGAUGAUUACUUUCCAUAUGCUGAUAGCGAAAAUGCUUAUUGGACUGGUUUCUUUACCAGUCGACCAGCUUUAAAGCGAUAUGUUCGUAUGCUAAGUGGAUAUUAUCUGGCUGCUCGCCAGCUUGAAUUCUUAACUGGGAGGAAAUCAAAUGGCUUCAACACAUUUAGCUUGGGAGAUGCUCUAGGAAUUACACAACACCAUGAUGCUGUGACUGGUACUGCUAAACAACAUACAACUGAUGACUAUGCAAAACGCUUGGCUAUUGGAGCUUCUGAAUCAGAAGCUGUCGUGAAUUCUGCUCUAUCAUGCCUGGUUAAUUCAACAUCAGGUCCAUGUUCUACCACUUCAUCAUCAUUCAAUCAGUGUCAACUGCUGAAUAUAAGUUAUUGUCCACCAACUGAAGAAGAUAUUACUGAGGGGAAGAAUUUGGUCGUUGUGGCAUACAAUCCUCUUGGAUGGAAUCGAACUGAUAUCAUCAAGAUCCCGGUCAACAGUGCUAAUCUUAUUGUAAAAGAUUCCAUGGGAAAUCUGGUCGAGGCACAAUUUAUAGAGUUGGAUAAUAUUACCAGCAACUUGAGAAAGUUUUAUGUUGAGGCAUAUCUAGGAAUAUCACCCAAACAAGCUCCCAAAUCUUGGCUCUUCUUUCGAGUGUCUGUGCCACCUCUUGGCUGGAAUACUUAUUUUAUAUCUAAAGCAUCGCAGAACGGGAGCUCCACUGGCUAUUUUACAAAGAUGAACGUUCGGCUGAACGAGACUGUUGAAAUUGGACCAGGGAACUUGAAGGCGUCCUUUUCCUCAAAUACCGGUCAACUUAAACAUCUAUAUAAUUCUAAAACAGGGGUUGAUGUACCUGUACAACAAAGCUAUCUUUGGUAUGGAUCAAGUGUCACCGUUGAUCAGGAUUCUGGUGCCUACAUUUUCAGACCUGAUGGAUCACCGCCAGUCAUAGUUGCAAAAUCACAGGUUCCAAUAAAGGUUAUGCGUGGACCCCUGGUCGAUGAAAUUCACCAGAAAUUCAACUCAUGGAUAUCUCAGGUAAUUAGGAUUUACAAAGACAAAGAACACGUUGAACUCGAAUUCACUAUUGGUCCCAUACCGACAGAAGAUAGUGUUGGAAAGGAGGUCAUUACCAAAAUGACAGCAAAUAUGGCCACUGAUAAAGUGUUGUACACUGACUCUAAUGGGAGGGACUUUCUAAAAAGAGUUAGAGAUCACAGAGCUGAUUGGGACCUCCAAGUUACUCAACCUGUUGCAGGGAACUAUUAUCCAGUGAAUCUUGGAAUGUACAUAACAGAUAACAAAUCAGAAUUGUCUGUUUUGGUGGAUCGUGCAACAGGAGGAGCCAGCAUUAAAGAUGGAGAAAUAGAACUCAUGCUGCAUAGGCGCUUGAUCUAUGAUGAUAGUAGAGGAGUGGGUGAAGCCCUUGAUGAGACUGUUUGUGUGGGGGAUACAUGUGAGGGACUCACGGUUCGAGGGAACUACUAUCUAGGGAUUCAUAAAAAUGGCGAUGGUUCAAAAUGGCGCAGAACAACUGGCCAAGAAAUUUAUUCACCUCUUGUUUUAGCUUUUGGACAUGAGAAUCAGGAAGAAUGGAAAGCUUCUCAUUUAACCAAAGCCACCACCAUGAAUCCCAAUUAUAAUUUACCUCCUAAUGUUGCACUGAUUACUCUCCAGGAAUUGGAUAAUGGUGGUGUACUUCUCCGUUUGGCUCAUCUAUAUGAGGCUGGUGAAGAUGUUGAUUAUUCGACGAUUACCAAGGUUCAACUGAAGGAGAUGUUUGCUGGAAAAAGGAUAAAGGCAAUCAAGGAAACAAGCUUAUCUGCGAAUCAAGGCAAGAAUGAGAUGAAGAAGAUGAGUUGGAAUAUAGAACAUGACAGUGGUAGUGAGUCUGCACCAAUAAGAGGAGGUCCAGUAGACAUGUCUAGCCUUGUAGUCGAGCUUGGUCCCAUGGAGAUACGGACUUUUGUUGUUAAAUUUUGAAAAGAAAAUUACUCUUUUCUACCCAAGAAGUUAAAGAGAACUGGUUCAUGGAGCCAAUAAUAGUUCUUUUCAGUCGAUUUCUUCAUAAAUUUGAUGUCUGCUAAAAAAAGCAAAUCUGUAUUCUGGAAAAUAAUUGGAGGAAAACAUUUUCCUCUGCUAUAGAAGGUGAUCAAAUGGAUCAUAUGCAAAACUUUGAUAUCCUCUUUAUCAAUUCUAUAUUGUUCUCUUCUGCCUGCUA